GAGGAAGACAAGACACCCACCCCGCUUCCUGCCAUCCUCCUCCUCCUUCACUUUUUAAAGAAAAAAAAAAAAGCAGAAGUUUUUGAUGUAGACAUAAAGCAGCCGACGCCGAGCAUCACUCUCAUCGCUGGGCUCCCAUCUGCACACUCAGGCCUCAUCAUGAGCAGAAAGGUGGUGCGCAGCAGUAAGUUCCGCCACGUCUUCGGGCAGCCGGUGAAGACGGACCAGUGCUACGACGACAUCCGAGUGUCCCAGAACACAUGGGACAGCAACUUUUGCGCCGUCAACCCCAAGUUCUUGGCCAUCGUGGUGGAGGCCAGCGGCGGAGGCGCCUUCAUGGUCUUGCCCCUCUCCAAGACAGGACGAUUGGAUAAGUCCCAGCCGGUGGUUUGUGGGCACACGGCCCCGGUGCUGGACAUCGACUGGUGCCCGCACAACGACAACGUCAUCGCCAGCGGCUCAGAGGACUGCACUGUCAUGGUUUGGGAGAUCCCGGACGGCGGCCUGACCCGCUCCCUCACAGAGCCCAUCGUCACCCUGGAAGGUCACACAAAGAGGGUGGGGAUCGUGUUGUGGCACCCGACUGCCCAGAACGUCCUGCUGAGUGCCGGUUGUGAUAACGUCAUCCUGAUCUGGGACGUUGGAUGUGGACAGUCCAUCAUCUCCAUAGACGAGACCCACACCGACCUCAUAUACAGCGUGGCCUGGAACAGGAACGGCUCCCUCCUCUGCACCUCCUGCAAGGACAAGAAAAUUCGCAUCAUGGAGCCAAGAGCCGGCACUAUUAUUGCUGAAACAGAGAAACCCCACGAGGGAAAUAGGCCGGUCCGCGCUGUCUUCGUAUCCGACGAUCAGAUAUUGACCACAGGUUUCAGUCGGAUGAGCGAAAGACAAAUUGCACUAUGGGAUACGAAGGCCUUCAGCUCCCCACUCACCCUGCAGGAGCUGGACACGAGUAGCGGAGUCCUCAUCCCAUUCUUUGACCCGGACACCAACAUUGUUUAUGUCGCCGGGAAGGGGGACAGCAGCAUCCGCUACUUUGAGGUGACGGACGAGAGCCCCUACAUCCACUUUCUGUCCCAGUACAGCAGUAAAGAGUCUCAGCGGGGGAUGGGCUAUAUGCCGAAACGCGGCCUGGAGGUCAACAAGUGCGAAAUCGCCAGAUUUUACAAGCUGCACGAGAGGAAGUGUGAACCAAUCGCCAUGACGGUGCCAAGAAAGUCUGACCUCUUCCAGGAGGAUCUGUACCCAGACACCCUCGGCCCAGACGCGGCCCUCACUGCGGAGGAGUGGCUGUCCGGUAAGAACGCGGAGCCGCUGCUCAUCUCCCUGAAGGACGGCUACGUCCCUAGCAAGAGCCGCGAACUGAAAGUCACCAAGAACAUCCUGAACGUGCGACUGCCGAAACGCAGCCAGUCAUCCAACGGGAGCGGGGCAUGUGAGGACUUCACCCUGGAGCAGCUCCUGGAGGACAUAAAGCAGCUGAAAGCGACCGUCGCGGAGCAGGAGAAACGCAUCGCGCAGCUGGAGGGGAACGCGUCCAACUGAACCGCGGGGGAUAGGGGGCGCCAUUGACUUGGAGUCCCACCCCUUUAGCCCACCGUGUGUCGCUACCAGAAGAGUGUUAAGACGAUGGAAUAGUGGACACUGUUACGGCGCAGGAGGCGGGGUCUGAUGACCCUCCUGCCGUGACCCCGCCCCCUGACCUUCUGCUCACCGCCGCCCCCUAUACCGUCCUGAAGGUGUAAAUACUAUUAUAAAUGGUACAAGAGAAAUUCAAGAAUUUAAGUCAUUGCUGGGAUUUUAUUUUAUAUUAAUGGGAAAUGUUCUGUCUGAUGAAACCGCGAGAAUAAAGUGAACGGUCACAUGAUCACCGACGUCCGCGACUUAUCUGCCUCAUAGCUCCACGGCUGCAGAACUUUUUUGCAAAAGCAGGAGUGAAGCAGCGUUUCCCAACCAGGGUGCCUCCAGCUGUUGCAAAACUACAACUCUCAGCAUGCCCGGACAGCCUUCGGCUGUCCGGGCA